CUCAUACUGGGCAGAGUUGCCAUGGAACCCAUGAGGCAGUAUCUGAGUAACCAGCUUUACUUCGCGGGCCAGGAGUGGGAGAAAAAGCAACAGGUGGCAGAGGCGCGCGCAACUGAACACCAUGCUCCAGCUGCGGGGUGGCUUACCAGGGAGUUCCGCGUGACCAACGCUGCGAGUGGAACGUUGGACAGCAAGUUCUUCGAGCAAACCGAUGUGCUGCUGUUUGCAGCCCCAAUCUUCCAGAUACUCUUGCCUGUGUGCAUUUCCACAAUCGAGGCUGGGCACGCCACAAUUCGCAGGAGGGUGGAGGUGCAGUCGACCCAAACCCAUGGCGUAGACAUCGAGGCCCUCAGCGCCCAGCACGUAGUCGGCAAUGUGAGGAGGCGGCGGAGCUCGACGCAGAUAUUCAAGGAUGACCCCUGCUCCACUGGCACCGAGGACGACGCACCCGCAGAUGGCGCGCCAGUUGAAGCGGACGCGGGUACGGGCUUGGCUGACACGUCGGAGUUAUCUGCUAGAUACCAUGCCCUCGGCGGGGAGGCGUUCCAGAAUUUGGUGGAGAUCGGCAAGGCUGCGACCGAG